AUGGCAUCCAUUCGACCGCGCCCUAUCUCUCUCCGCGCCCUCCACGCUGCGUCGACAGCAACGCGACCAACAUGCCGACACUUCCUCUCUCGUUUCCCCUCAGCCUCUCCUCUCUCAAGAAAAGCGCCAAUCACACGCAACCACUCUACAUCCUCCGUCUCCCCCGAUGAGCUCUCCCAUUUCUCAGCCCUCGCGAGCUCCUGGUGGGAUCCAAUGGGUCCAUCCCGAAUCCUCCACUUGAUGAACCCUCUCCGACACGAAUUCAUCGCAUCCUGCCUCGCGGACAGCCCUCCUCCAACCGCCGAAACUACCAGCGCAGGCACCUCAACCGCCGCAAACCUACACUACAUGGACAUUGGCUGCGGCGGCGGAAUCUUUGCAGAAUCUCUCGCACGCACAAUCCCACUCGACCCAUCCGCCCCAGCACCAACCGCAACCCGCGCAGCCUCAAUGACAGCAAUCGACCCAUCCACAAUGCUAAUCCAAGUAGCCCGCGAACACGCACGCAUGGAUCCAACCGUGGACGCACACCUCCGCAGCGGAAAAUUCAAAUACCUAAACACCACGCUCGAAGACGUCCUCGCAUCCACAUCCACAUCCGGAUCCUCCGAAUCCACACCCUCGACGGGCGAACCCUUACACCCCCAAUUCGACAUGGUCACUCUCUUCGAGGUAAUCGAACAUAUCGACCCCACAACAACAACCCCGCAAGCCUUCCUCUCCAACUGCCUGCGCGCUCUCAAACCCGGCGGCUGGCUCAUCGGAUCCACCAUCUCCCGCACAUUCCCGUCCUUCCUGCUAAACCAGGUCAUCGCCGAAGCGCCGUGGCCGAUUGGCGUUGUCCCACGCGGCACGCACGAGUGGAGCAAGUUUGUCAAUCCGCCGGAACUACAUGCGUGGGCGCAGGAGGGCCUGAUGCGGGCUGCGGAUACGGCGACGAGUCGUGGGGGGCCGAGUGCGUUGGAGGGGAUGAGGUGGAAGUGUAUGGGGACGAUUUAUGUUCCUGGAUUGGGAUGGAAGAUGGUACCUGGGUCGGAGAGUUGGGGGAAUUACUUCUGGGCUGUUAAGAAGGGUGUUUGA